UAAAAAAAUAAAAAAUAAAAAUAAAAAAAUUCAGAAAGCAAGUUCAUCAUUCUUUUACAAGUAAACAAGACUUUUCUAAUUUGAAAGAAAGAGGAGAAGAGAAAGGGACAAAACUCUCCAUCUAUCUCUCCGUCUCCCUCUCUUUUUUCCUUGUUGACACCAUUGGAACGAAAAAGAAGGACAAAAGGUCAAUAUUUGAGUGUUGCAUUGUCCUUCUCUUACUUUCUCGGAGAUAUUUUCGCUCUCAUAUACAGUUUUGAAGAAGCAAAAGUAUCCAGCUAAGGAAAAGAGAGAAGCAAAAGUAUCCUACCUUGAAUUGAACCGUAUCUUAAAAAAUCUUGAGCUGGUUUUUUGUUUCUUUUUUUCUGGGUUUGUAUAGUUUGUUUGCCGUUGUGGUGGUGGGAGUGGUGGUUAAAGAUGCCGGAGAAGGCAGCGAAUUCGCUACCUUUGAAUCCAUUGAUGACGAGGUCGAGUCAGUUGCUUCAUUGGCGUUUUGGGGUGCUGACGGCUCUGGUUUUUGUUGGGAUGAUUGUUGUUUGGAGCGUGGAUGGGUGCACCAUAAAGAACUUUCUUGAAGCUUGGAGGCUCAGGCGAGAUUACAUUACCAUGAAACUAAACACUCGACCGGUUAAUCUCACCCAAACCCAUCAAAGUUUGCCACUUAACACCUCGAACAACCUAGUUAAUCCGAUUCAGAAACAGAACAAUACCACCCACUUUGAUUCUCCCCCUCUUGAACCGUUUCCUGUUGAGAUUUCAACUGGGAUUCCUCAAAAACUAGCCCAGAAUCCAAUGGAGAACAUAGCUUUGCGAAAUUUGAGCUGGGUUUCAGCUGAACUGGAGCGAAAUUUGACCUCCAAUCUUCUCGCCAGGUGGUUAGCUCCAGGAGGUGAACCUUGUAGGGAUUCCAAGACAGUGCAGAUUUCAAUUUCUGGUUUGGAUGGUGGGAACAGGGUUGAUUUGUCAGCUGGUGAAAUCCAUGAAUUUGGUUUUCAAUCACUGGAUGAGUCCGGCCAUCCUCGCUGUUUAGGUGGGGAUUACUUUGAGACUGAUCUUUCAGGGGAUUCUUGGAAAUCCAGGCCAUUAGUGAAAGAUUUUGGAAAUGGGUCUUAUUCUGUUUCGCUUCAGGUUCAUCCCGAUUUUGCUGGGGAAUACAAUCUCACGCUGAUCCUCCUCUAUAGGCACUUUGAGGGUCUAAAGUUUUCGCCUUGGCGGUUUGCAUUUGACCGAGAGCUUCGCAAGAUUCCAAUCGGGUUUUACAAAGCCUCAGGUCAGUUGCAUGAGCUACAAACUUGUAACGAAUCUGAUUUUAGCAGGGACAUUUGGUCUGGGAGGUGGACUCGGCUUGGUAAGAAUGAUGAUUGCCAAAUCGGUAACGAUGGUCGGUACCGGUGCCUAGCGCCCGACUUUCCAUGCCGGAGUCCGUGGUGUAGCGGUUCAUUGGAACUGUUAGAGAGUAAUGGUUGGGUCUACUCGGCACAUUGUUCUUUUAGAUUGUUUUCUGCUGAUUCUGCUUGGAAUUGCUUGAAAAAUCGCUGGAUUUUUUUCUGGGGCGAUUCCAAUCACGUAGACACAAUACGAAACAUGCUCAAUUUUGUUUUAGAUUUGCCUGCAAUUCCGUCAGUUCCAAGGCGGUUCGAUAUGAACUUCUCCAACCCGAAAGACCCAACUCAGUCGGUUAGAAUUACUAGCAUUUUCAAUGGGCAUUGGAACGAGACGGGGAAUUAUGAAGGCUUGAAUUCGUUGCAGGAUGAACGAUUUAGGAAUUUGUUAAACAAGUACUUUUCAGAAGACACGGUUCCAGACUCUGUGAUCAUGAACUCUGGAUUACAUGACGGUGUGAAGUGGAGAAAUGUAAGAGCAUUCGCUGCUGGGGCAGAUUAUGCAGCUUCGUUUUGGGCAGGGGUUAUGGAGUCAGUGAAGCAGAGGGGGUUGGCUGCGCCAAAGGUCUUUUACAGGACCACUGUGGCGACAGGUGGAUAUGCUCGGUCACUGGCAUUUAAUCCCAAUAAGAUGGAGGCGUUUAAUUGGGUAUUGCUGGAGAAAUUGAAGGAAGCCGGGGUGGUUUCCGGCGUGAUUGAUAACUUUGAUAUGACUUUUCCUUGGCAUUUUGAUAACCGGUGCAAUGAUGGUGUGCAUUAUGGCCGCGCUCCAGCAAAGAUGAAGUGGAGGGAUGGCCAAAUUGGGCACCAGUAUUUUGUAGACCUCAUGUUAAGCCAUGUGUUGCUUAAUGCACUUUGCGCAAGAUAACCAGUUUUGGAAAGGUUUAUGUUAACGUAUUACACGUGCAGUGGAUGAAUUUUGCCACUCUUCCAUGGGAGGUGGAGCACCCGGAAAGAGAGUGCGAAUUGCAGGCGGUUCAUAUCUUUGAGCCAAAGGAAAAAUGGAUUGGAGGCCAUUGCUAGAGUGCAGAUAAACAAUGUCGCUGCUGCUUGUAGGAAGAAGUACAAGGUUGUGAGUUCUUUAUAUUGCUCCAUAUAUUUCAUUAGAUUAGAUGGUAUUCUUUAUUUUUUUAUAAACUUCCAUAUGAAUUUAGAUAAACAUUUGGUUUCCACGCUUGUAGAGUUUGAGGGAUCCUUGAGUGUCAGGAAUAGAAAAUCUCAGUGUUGGUAAUAUCAUUAUUAUGGUAUCACAACUGUUGCACAUUUCUGGUGCUUGCUUU